ACGCACAAAGUAUACUGCGUCUGCAUCGCAUCCGCGAAUGAGACAACUUUUUUAUUUACAAAAACAAAUUCGUUGUCGAUUGAUCGUCUCAAGAGAGGUUAACAAGAACUGGUGCUCUGUUGUGAAUAUCCUUAUCGUAUGCUUGCGGGUGUUGUUUCGUGUAGACACCGAGUAUAAUGGCAGAAUCACUUCAGCCAGGCUCCUCUUCCCCAACCAGCGCCCGUUCCGAAGAUGGUGAUAGCCAUGAAAUCCCGAAGAAACCAGAUGGAACAACCGCUAGCUCUAAACUGGAGUGUCCCGUAUGCCUAGAGACAUGCGUCCAUCCCGUACGACUCCCGUGUGGCCAUAUUUUUUGCUACCUGUGUGUGAAGGGUGUUGCUUUUAAAAACCUACGCUGCGCGUUGUGUCGUUGUGAUAUUCCGCUCACCUACAUAGACCACCCGCAGCUAGUGAAUGGUGUCGAAGAAAUUGAGCGUGCAGCCACGUCAACGGUGGCGGACGGAAAUGAGUACCAGUGGUAUUACGAGGGCUGCAAUGGUUGGUGGCAGUACGACGAACGCACCAGCCAGGAGCUGGAAGAAGCGUACCUGGAGGGUAAAAAGAGCUGCAAAAUCCUGGUAGCCGGAUUCGUCUACAUCGUCAUGUUCGAGCUCAAGUGUCAGAUUCGACAAAACGACUGCACUCGCAUACGGCGCGUAAAGCGGGAUCUAGUAACCAUACAGAAGAAGGGUGUUGCUGGGCUGCGGCUUGAAGGAGUCAACCAGACACGUGUCCCUGGGACAUCUACGACGACGGCUUCGAACGAUCUGAGCGAAUUGUCCUCCGCGAUGGGAGAGAUGAAUCUUAACGAAGGUGCUUCCACAUCCACUUCUGCCGCAGGAUCGGCGAAUGUAACGGAAAAUGUAGCAACUACUGAGAAUGCCGCACCAUCUCAACCGACAACUGAUGUCCCGGAGGCUGCUGUUGAAAAAGGAGAGCAUUCCGGUACGAGGACAAACCAUGCCGAUGAACCCCACAGCGAUGCUGUCUUAUCUCCCAACACAAGUUCCGAUAGCACUAGCAGUGAUAAUAGAACGAGUGAACAAACGCAAGAACCGUUGCCGUUGAUCGAUCUCAAUGUCCAACAGGAAUAUUUUACUACCGACGAGGAGGAAGGUGAUGAUGAUGAUAAUUUACUUAUACUUUAAAACGGAGGCGACUCAAUUUAAUUAGCGUGCGUAAAUGAUUGAUAAUGAUCGUUAUCAGCAGAGCAAUACGCCCCAACUGCAUUCUAAGGUGAUAAACAUUUUACUGAUAGUUCUAUUUACGUCAAGCGACACUACAGCUCAUUGUCUACGCGGGAAGAAAGUUUAAAGUUUGAAAUAAUUAAAGUACAUCAAAUUAUUAAAUAAUUGAUCAUUUGUUCGAAAAAUCAUUAUCUAAAAUUUGAGUUUAUUUUGUGUGACAUUGGAUAUACAGCAUUAUAAUUGGUACAUCACUAAGUAAAAAGAGAAGACCAGUUUUAACCAGUUUUCUUCUAUACCAUAUAUAUAAACCGGUAUAGGAAUAAGUUUGGUUUAUUCUCAUCCACGUUCGUUUUUAUUUAAUGGUUAAACUUCAUCUCACAAUUUGAGCACACACGAUUAUGAUUCUAAUUGCUUAAGUUGUUUAAUAAAACCCGCAUUCGGAUGUA